AUGAACGCAUACGAUGUAAACUUAAACUCCGAUCUAUAUUUUGAGGGGAGACUAGUGAGCGAUAUAGAUUUGAGUCCAAGGGAGUCUCAGAAGCAGCAACAAAUAUCCAAGACAGAAGAAAGCGUCAAAGAGAAGAUUAUCUUAUCUCAAGAGAAGAACAUACAGAGACUCAAUGAGCUUGUGCUAAGGCUUAGGGAACAGCUACAACAUUGCCGGAGUAGUAAUGAGACGAAGAACGGCACUCUUAGCUCAUUGACCGAAAAUGUUAUUGAGCUUCAGCGACAACAAAUUCUGGACGACUAA